AUGAUAAAGAUUCUGAUAUUUAUAAUUUUAUCUCUAUUUUAUCUAUUUGGUACAAAUGCUCAACAAAUAGAAGCACAACAAUUGAAUUCUCUAAGAUGGUUAAUUAGAUUCUAUCAAUCGGACUGGUCAUUGACAGAGACUGAUUGUUUGAAGAUUAUACCUCCAAACAAUGCAGGAAGCAUUAUUUGUGGUGUUAACGGAACAGAGCAAUAUAUUUCAUCCAUUCAUAUAGGACCUAUUUACAAAACGGAUAGCGGAGAUCCAGUCAAUUUUGAUUUGUAUUUCCCUAGUUUGAAUUCAUUAACUAUUUCCACAGGUACUGGAGGAUUCACAAAUAGAAAUAACAACACAAGUAUUCUUGAUCUAUUGGAUAAUCCAAAUCAAAAAGUAUUAGAAAGGAUCGAUGCUUUCACUGUUGUUAUCAAUUUCUCGAAUGGACCAUGCGAACUAUUUGUUUCUCAAGCAGUUCAUGAUCAAGUCGCAUUAAUUACUACUUCAUGUCAUAUUUUACCAGAAAAUGGAGAUACUUUUACUUUUAAUUCUGCCCAAUUUCCAAAAUUAAAUAGUUUAAAUGCAGACGGUGGACCAAACAAGAAUAUGAUUUUAGACUUUCAAAAUGUUUCUAAAUUAAGAUUUGUAACAUUAUGUCGUAUUUAUAGUUAUACCCCAAUGGACCUUACAAAUCUACCUAAUCUUGGUUUUGUUGAGAAUUUAAAUAUUGAAUUUGUACUAAGUGGCAAUGGUCUACAAGGACAAAUACCCGAUUAUCCAAAUCUUUGGUUAGACAAAGUAGACAUGAGUAACAAUCCUGACUUAUCUGGAAGUAUCCCAAAUUCAUUUUGCAGUGCCAAUCAAAUUUCAUUCUUGAAUACCACUAUUACAAAGCUUCCUGAUUGCCUUAAGUGUUUAAAUGGAAAUUAUUCCUUUACUAAUAAUAUAAAGCUACCUUCUUCUGUAGAGAUUGAACCAAAUUUUGAAUGUAAUCCUAAAUUGGAUAAUAAUAACUUUAUUAUGACUGCAAGUAAUACAAGCAUAUACAUCACAGGUGUUAAUCUCGGAUAUUUUGUUGCAAACGAUGUAUCACCUAAAAUCAAUUUUAAGAUGAUUAGGGCAAAUACAGUAUUUAAAUAUACUCCACUAUCAUCCAAUGGAUCUACUACAUUAGUUUUUUCAGCAUUUAGGAACAUUAGUUUUCCAAUUUCAUGGGUUUCCGACAAAACCGUUGUCGAAAGUGCUGAAGUUACUAAAUAUAAUCUAACUCAUUUAGAAUUAUAUAUUGGAGGUCAAUUCAAUCAAAAUGCACUUUUUUCUAUCGUGGAUAGCACUGAUCAAAAUUGUAUUAUUAAUAUCUUUGGUCCAAACAUAAUUAGAUGUGUUCUCACUUUAAGUUCUCCCUUACGAACAAAUAACAUUUUUAUUACUUUAAUUUCACCAUAUUUAAGAUUUGAUCGUAUUUUGCCUGUUAAAACCUAUCCUGUGGUCUCUUCUUAUAGUGAAAUAAAUACAAAUGGUGGAUAUUUAUUGGUCAAUGGUUAUUUUGGCCUCUCUCCUGCCAAUUCAAAACUGGUGAUUUCUGGACAAGAAUGUACAAAUAUUAAUAUCACUUCUUCAUUUUGGGAGUGCAAUACUGGUCAACUCUCACAAGGUCUAUCAAAUGUUACAAUUCAAAUUAGUAAUUUUAGUUUUCCAAUGCCUCAAAUCUUUGUUAACCCCUUUAACCGACCAAUUCAAUGUGGAUUGGGUGACAGAUGUAGUGGAAAUGGUCAAUGUGUAAAUGGAAAAUGUAUUUGUAAUAUUGGAUUCUUUGGAUAUUAUUGUGAAUCAAGGUUAUAUGAGGGAGGUGUGAUUAAUCCGAACAGUACUGCACCUGUUACCUCUAUCACUGCCAAUGGAUAUGACUUUAGUUUCAAUAUGGUUGGAAUUCAAGAAGUAGAUGAUUUAGGUAGUGUCGUGAAGGAAUUAAUUACAUCGAAAUGGAAUUUUACCUCAUACAUUUUCAAUGACACUCAAUAUUUGAAUUAUACAAUCACUACAUCAGAUAACAUCAAUAUUCUGGCACUGAUUCAACAUUCAAACAUUUCAAGAGUUUUGUCAUUUGCAAAUCAAACGUUUACACUACCACCUGGCGCACUCAAACUAUCAGUCGAUAUCAAUAAUUGGAACUACUAUAACAAUAUUAACAAGUUAAGAGUUGUAUUCAGUACAAAACUAGAAGAGCAAGAUUUUAUUGAAUGUGAAGAAAUAGAUCCAAUCAAUUACUCUCAAUUGGACAACUCAAUUAACUAUCUAAAAAUCAUUAAAAAUGGAUUGUCAUUCUAUGGUAAAUUUAUGCCAGUAUCGAUCUCCGAUGGACGUCCAACAUACUCAAAGAAUGAAAUUUUAAACAAAACCGAUUCUGGAUUGGUCAAUAUUGGAAUUAACUUGCCACAGUGUAUUCAAUGUAGUAUAGAUCCUGAUUUUUCUCUACUCAUCCAAGACAAGGGUGACAGUUGUAACAAGAAAACAAAAACCUGGGUCAUAGCUGUGGCUACUGUUGCAUCGGUCAUUGGUGUAGCAUUAUUAUUCAUUGCUGGAUUUUAUAUUAGAAAAUACAGAAGAAAUAUCAAACUUAAAGUACAAAUAGCCAUGGAGAAACUCGGUGGAGAAACAAAAAAAUAA